UGGGCUGCCAUGAACGGGCUGCGUCGCUCACGCUCGUGGAAAUGGGACGUUGCGACACCGAAGUGUCACCGCAGCACCCGUGAAGUGUCACAGAGUGUUCGUCGAGUGACGUGAGGUGUUUUUGUUUUGGUCGAUCGCCGCGGGGGCCGAUCGUUCGCGAUGGCAUCGGACGGUAGAAUGGAGUGGGUAGAAAUUAUAGAACCUCGCACCAAGGAGCAUAUGUAUGCUAAUCUCACAACUGGAGAAUGUGUAUGGGAUCCUCCACCUGGUGUACCAGUAAAAAAGACAGAUAACAAUCAAUGGUGGGAAUUAUUCGAUCAAAAUACUUCACGAUUUUAUUAUUACAACGCAACAUCCCAAAAAACUGUGUGGCACCGUCCAAGCGAUUGUGACAUCAUUCCUUUAGCAAAGCUUCAGACACUGAAACAAAAUACAGAACCAGCAAGCAGCAGUGGAGCCGAUACUCAGAAAUCAACCGAGCCAAGAAAGAAAGAGUCCGUAUCAACACAGACACAAACUCCUUCAGUCAGUCGAUUAACAAGGUUUAAUCAUCAAGAAAGUUCCAAUUUAUCCACUUCGUUGCAAAGUGGUAGUGUAAAUAAAACAAGAACAUCCAGUGUUGGCGUGGAUCUCCAAACGUCUCCUCCUUCUCCAUCUCCAUCUUCAAGGCGGCAUCAUCAUCAUCAUCACCAUCACAAUAACAGACAUCACAGGCACCAUGAAGUGCCUACAGCACGUCGCCAACAUAAUCAUUCUCAAGACUCUGGUCGAUCUAGUGACAGUUCUGUCUCUCACAGCCGUACGUCCUUGGAAUCGACUGGGUACCGGCUGUUGGACUCUCCGCAUCGGCACCAUCAUCGUUCCGCCGCGCAAACGUCAUCGGCAAGUCAAGCACAGUCAUCGCCGAGGCAGCACAGCGGCACGUUGGAGGCUAGGGGGCACAAGAGUGGCACCUUAGAAAGCGUGAAGAAUCAGAAGUCAGUGCCGUUGGGUGAACCGCCUCCAUUAGGUUUGUCACUCUCGACUAGUACUCCCCUAUUUAAGAAGAAGACGUUCGUUGAUUCGCAACGCGAGGGUAGGGCGGGCAAUUUAGAGUUGGAAAAGAAUAAAAAUGGUAGAGAAAGUAGUAGAAGCUCGUAUGGUCCUGAACCAAGUACUUCGCCGUAUCGUGAGUCGCUGAUGGAAUCUAGAAUAUUCAGGCAAGAGAUGCCUCCGUACCGUCCGCCAGAAGUUCAGUUGAGUCAUAGCUAUAAAUCGCAGGGUGAGAAGUAUGGCUCCCUGGUGGAAAGCAGUAAUCGUUAUCAUAGAGAUAGAGAAAGAGAAAUUCACCAUAGAGAGAGAGUAAAUAGUUUGGACAAAACAAACACUUCAGCCUUUUAUCCAAGUUCCAUGCAUCCGCGUAAUAUGAAUAAGCAAGAUAAUACUGGUAGUAUAGGAAGACGGCAUCAUGGAUGCUCGGUGUCGCUUUCGGAAGCGAAUGUUAGGGACAUGUACGGUGCAAUGUUAGCUGAGAGAAACGAUCCUUCGAAGAGCUUUGUCAGAGGUGCAGGCGUAUUGAGCAAUACGUCGAAGCAAAGAAGCGUUGAGGUUCCAGAACGAGAAAGAGAGCGAGAGCGCGACAGGGAGAAAGAGUAUAGAAGAAAUACCGCGUGUAACAAUUCGCUGGAUUCUGUGCCACAACCAUUGGCUCGCAGUUACAGUUUUGUACAGCAACAAAAGCAGCAACAAAAGUUGCAGCAGUUGCAUCAGCAACAGCAACAGUCGAGGAGAAGAGAUAGGGACGAUGAUUCUAUGCACGAACGUUAUCUUAUCAGCCAGAGUCACGAGCAACCUAGGCAAAGGCUUAGCAGUAAUACUAGCAGUAGUAAUAGCAGUAAUAGCAGCAGCAACAGUGCCGUGGGCGAGGAGACGGAAGGGCUUACGGAAGCGGACGACAGUAAAAAGAAGAGAAGCAAUGGUAAUCCGAGUCCGCCUCCGUGUUUCUACGGGAACCUGUUAUCUGACGACGAUCACUUGUUGCCGCUUCAGCAUUAUAUUCUUCAGCAAGCAAAACUCUCAGGUUGUUACAAAUUUGGAGACCCGUUGUUGGUAGAAGAGGGCGACGAUUCUUUGGACGAGGAAGGUGGAAGAGGCGAAGGUAUCGGCGGUAGGGCCGACGACGAUUCCGAUGAUCAAUUCGCGGAUGACGAAGCAGCGAGCAAUCAAGGUGAUUCCUCUAGUCAGGAAUACCUCGAAGAUCACUAUGCAGGUAACAUUCGUAUCGUAGAUCUCGGUAACUACGAUACCGCUGGAUUAGCGACGUACUACAACACUGCUGACACACUGACGAGGCCACAAGUACGGCCACCGUCGCCACCGAGUAUCCCCUCGCAGGCGGAAACGAGAGAAACCACCGUGACAGCGGUUACGAGACAGCCGCCAGUUCCACCGUCUGCCACGAUAAGUUCUGUUCCCGUUGGUAGCGUUGUUGGCAGCGGUGUCGACAACACCGACGUCGACGAGGCGAGACGAGACGAAAGCGCCGGCGGCGGUGGCGGCGGCGGUGGUGGUGGCGGUGGUGGCGGCGGCGACAUCGAGAAAUACGCACAAGACAAUCUUAAUCUGAACUGCGGACGCCCAAAGGGGCUGAGGUUGUUGUUCCGGAAGAAGUUCAGCGUCCGCGACAUUCUCAGCUGGUCCAAGGACCCGAUACCGCAGCCGAUGCUGGUGGUCGUUGACGGUGAAAAGUUACUGAAACGGGAGGCCUGCAAUCUGUUCAGGCUGGUGCAAGUGUACAUGGGCGAUCGGAAAGCGAACGUCGGAAUGACGUUGGACAGCGUGGCCAUGGACAUUGUGAACACAGCGUAUUCGAAGCCACCGUUGCGGGACGAGUUGUACGUGCAGAUAUGCAGGCAAACGACGGAAAACCCGAGGAAGGAGAGUUUACGCAGAGGUUGGGAGCUGAUGGCCGUCUGUCUGGCGUUCGUGCCGCCCAGCGCCACGUUCGAGCCCUAUCUCGAAGGCUACAUGAACAGACAUCGUGAUCCGAACUUUCAGUUCUCAGAGGUGGCCAAGUGGCCGAUUCACGUGCAAGUUAGUCAUUAUGCGACCGUCGCCUGCCGUCGUUUACAACGAAUCGGAGCACACGGCAAACGGCAGCCUCGCAAGGCCACCAUAGAAGAUAUCGAUCAAGCGAGAAUUCAGAUCUUCCGGGCGUCCAUGUUCGGAGCGACGUUGUCGGAAGUGAUGGCGUUGCAGAGAGACAGAUUCCCAAAUCGAGAGUUACCAUGGAUACAAACGACGUUGACGCGUCAAGUGCUCGCUCGGGGCGGUAUCCUGACGGAGGGGAUAUUCAGAGUGUCCGCGGACGCGGACGAAGUCAGUGCUUUGAAGGCUUGCUUGGACAGGUUCGAGGAUGGCACGAUUCUGGCAGCUUCGCAAGAUGCUCACGCUCCUGCUUCUUUGUUGAAAUUGUGGGUCCGUGAGCUUUACGAGCCGUUGAUACCCGAUUCAUUUUACACGGAAUGCGUGUCGAUGAGGCACGACGACGUCGAAGCUUCUGCAGCCAAUGUCGCCGCGCUUGUAGAUCGUCUGCCUGAUUUAAAUCGUCGUGUUCUUUGUCACCUGAUACGAUUCCUUCAGAUUUUCGCCAGGCCGGAAGUCGUUGCCCGCACUAAAAUGGACGCAAACAAUUUAGCAAUGGUGAUGGCACCGAAUAUAUUGCGCUGUACCUCGCAGGAUCCGCGCGUGAUCUUGGAAAAUGCACGAAAAGAAAUGGCUUUUGUUCGUACUCUUAUUGAGUCAUUAGAAACUGCUUGGGUCGAUGAUCUUCACUGACCAUUCUAUUGCGCGCUAGAAGAGAGAACGCUCUAGACUACUAUGCCAAAUGAAUCCAGCUGUAUAUUCACGUGUAUUGUUAGUUAUUUCACUGUUUUCUCUAUUAUCGUUCUCACUUUUUCUUUCUUCUUUCAUUCCUUCUCUUUUUCUUUUCUUUUUUUUCUUCUCUCUCUCUCUCUCUAUUGUCAUUAUCACACACACACACAUACAUACACAUAUACACGAUACCCCCCUCCCAUAGAUCCGUGAAUGUUAAAUUAACGUAAUGGUAAAUUUAGUGCUAAAGUCUUACCAAGCUAAUCACCAAGUUUUCCCUGCUCCUCCUCGUUUCCCUAUUUAUUAUUUAUACGCAGAUUAUAUGUUAUACAGAUAGAGAUUAUUAGAUUAUAUUAUGUAUAUCGCUAUAUAUUCAUAUUAUAUAUUUUACCAAUCCUUGUUACCGCGUUGAACAAACGCGGACGGCUUUUUUACUUGAUCAUUGUUGAAUCUCGUGUAAGAUAAAACGAUAAAAAA